UGCCAAAAUUGACGGAUUUCAAAACAGUCGAGCUAGAGGAGCUUUCGAGCUCUGAACUGAACAUCAUUCAGUAUUAGUUGUGUAACAAACUUGAGCAAUUAAAAGUUUUGUAAUCUGAUCGCCAAUUCGUUGUCAUUAUCAAUCGAAUACGAGUGAAAUGUGUUAAAGUGUUAGAGCAGACAGUUGUUGUUGUUGUUGUUGGUUUGGUAUUGGUAGUGCAGAAAGACAGCUGAUUUUUGUGUGGAUAACAGGCCUGCAGAGUAAUUUAUUAUAGUACUUGUAACUUGUACGUUUUAUCAGACUCUCCAAAAUGUCAUCCUUGAGAUUAGUAGUGUUCACCAAGGACGUUGCUUGCAACAGCUCACGCAAGAUAAUCAACAGGCGUAAUUUGUUUGACAUUCCUAAAUCGUGUCAAAAGCGGUCUUUUUCUAACAGCGCACGAGUGUCGUCUGUAUUACAACCUACGAUGACAACUACAGUGGACUCCAAGAAUAUGUCAGCUCAAGCCGCUUCUUGUGCAAAAUGUGUUACUUACGAAAAUAUGAAUCCCCAGAUAAAGGUUAUGGAAUAUGCAGUCAGAGGGCCUCUCGUCAUAAGGGCUUCAGAAAUCGAAAAAGAAUUAGAGCAGGGAGCGAAGAAGCCUUUCAAUGAAGUCAUCAAAGCCAACAUUGGAGAUUGCCAUGCCAUGGGACAGGUGCCCAUCACGUUCAUCAGACAGGUGCUGGCGUUGGUUGCUCUUCCAGAACUCUUAAAUGACCCAAGAUUCCCUGAUGAUGUAAAGAAACGAGCAAAAGAUGUUCUGGCGGGAUGCAGGGGCGGAAGUGUAGGUUCUUACACAGACUCUCCCGGUAUCGAGAUAAUCCGCAAACACGUCGCACAGUACAUUGAGAGGAGGGACGGAGGAAUCCCUUGCGAUUGGCAGAACGUCAUCUUGUCUGCCGGUGCUUCUGACGGAAUCAAGUCAGUCAUGAAGCUACUCAUCGAGAACAUUGAUGGCAAGCAGCCAGGAGUGAUGAUUCCCAUCCCUCAGUACCCUCUGUACUCUGCUUCACUGGCUGAGUUCAACAUGCACCAGGUUGGUUACUUCCUGAAUGAAGAGAAAGGUUGGUCCCUGGAAACAGAUGAGCUGGAGCGAUCCUACGCCGAGGCCAAGAAGAUAUGUGCUCCUCGCGCCAUUGUCAUCAUCAACCCCGGCAAUCCCACAGGUCAAGUGCUGUCUAGGGAUAACAUUGAAAACAUCAUCAAGUUUGCCCACAAGUACAACUUGUUCAUUUUUGCUGAUGAGGUUUACCAAGAUAACGUCUACGCCGAAGGCUGCAAGUUUUACUCCUUUAAGAAGGUGUUGACUGAGAUGGGACCUCCUUACAGUGAAAUGGAACUGGCGUCUUUCAUGUCUUGCUCUAAAGGUUACAUGGGAGAGUGUGGACUGCGUGGAGGCUUCUCAGAAGUUAUCAAUCUGGACCCCCAGGUCAAGGCUAUGUUACUCAAGUGUAUCUCUGCAAUGUUGUGUCCUACAGUGCUUGGACAGACUGCCAUGGACUGUGUGGUGAACCCUCCCCAGCCUGGUGAACCGUCCUAUGAGAAGUUCAAGGCAGAGAAGGACGGAGUGUUAAAGUCCCUAGCUCUUAGAGCCAAGAUGGUGGCUGAGACUUUCAACAGCAUUCCUGGCAUGAGCUGCAACACAGUCCAGGGUGCGAUGUAUGCCUUUCCUCAGUUUAAGUUACCUGAGAAGGCGAUCGCCAAGGCCAAGUCGCUAGGUCAGUGUCCCUCGACGUUCUACGCCUUCCAGCUGCUAGAACACACCGGCAUCUGUAUAGUCCCUGGUGCUGGCUUCGGCCAGAAACCUGGAACCUAUCACUUCAGAACAACAAUAUUGCCGCAGCCCGAGAAGUUGAAGGGUAUGCUUGAGAAGUUCCGUGAAUUCCACCUCAAGUUUCUGGAGCAAUACAAGUAAAGCAGAUCAACCAUUUCAUCACAAGAUAGAUAUUUUAGUUUGAUCUACGUCACUUUUCCAUGUCCAUUGAUUUCUAAAGUUUAACUUUGUAAUUAGAUUUUAACUUUGGACUAAAGAUAUAUAAUUUUUAUUUUACAUAAUUUGUUCCUUAGUGUGAUACGCAUUUCAGAUUUGAAUAGGGAAUAUCACUUCAAAAUUAGGUAUAGAAUAAGUACAGUGAGCAAUAACUUAAUUCUCAUUAUCAAGAGUGAAAACUUGUAUGCUUUGUUUAUCAGUUGCAUUGAACAUGUGUUUAUUUUUUAAAUAAGUUUAAAAUAUAUUUUAACCCUUCUGUGAGGUGCCAGAAUUAACUUCUUAACAAACCUUGUAGUGUAUUAUUUGAACGUCUGAAAGUCAAAUAAAAAAUUAUAUAACCAAAGACUUGUUUGUAUUAAUCUAAAAAACUACUUACAGAAAUUUUAAAAAUAAAACUAAAAAGCUUAAAUUUACAAGUGAAAUUUUGCAAUUUCUAAAUCAAUUGCUGUUAUUUAUUUAACAUAAGAUGCUCUACUGUUUUGAAUUCAGGAAUUAACUGGCGGCUAUUAUCCUCAAUAAUAAUGAACAUAAAACUUCCAUGAUUAAAACAAAAUACAGGUAUUGGUUGUAAUGUUUAGAAGUGACAUGUAAAGUAUUUAAUUUAUCGUUAUCUAUAUAUUUAGAUGAAUAUGUAGGUUUUUGAAGUCCUCAUUUUGUGUAUCAGUUAUUUUUGUAUGUAUUUGUUAUAAGCUAUGUGUUAUUUAUUGAAAUGAUUAUAAAAAAUUAAAGGCAGGUCAGUAAGUGUUA